AUGGCAUCACACUGGGUACCUCCGAGUAACUACCGCAACCGCCCAGUCACCAUUCUGGGUGCCGGCGUACUCGGCCGCCGAAUUGGUUGUAUCUGGGCUUCAGCCGGCUACGAUGUUCGAAUUCGAGACCCUAGCUCGCAGCAGCGAGCAGACGGAAUUGCAUACAUUCAGGAAAAUGUCCAAUCCUACGCCGCCAAAACCAAGCAAAUCCCCGGAUCCUUUGAAGCCUUCGAAGACAUGAAGAAAGCCGUUGAAAACGCCUGGCUUGUGAUUGAAGCUGUUCCCGAGAAGCUCGAACUCAAGAUCUCCACUUUCGCUGAAUUGGAGGCCCUCACCCCGGAGGACUGCAUCCUGGCUUCCAACUCAUCCUCAUACAAAUCUUCUGAGAUAAUCAGUCAGAUCUCGGAUGCCACCAAGAAGCGUGUUCUGAACAUGCAUUAUUAUAUGCCGCCGUCGUGUAUGAUUGUGGAGCUCAUGACCGAUGGACACACUGCCCCAGAGAUCUUCCCUUUCAUGGUCGAGCGCUCCAAGGAAGCCGCCACAAGUCCAUAUGUCGCACGAAAGGAGUCCACUGGGUUCAUCUUCAAUCGGCUGUGGGCUGCUGUGAAGCGGGAGGUCAUGACUAUCUUGGCUGAGGGUGUUUCAGUUCCCGAGGAGAUUGAUUCGAUGUGGAAUGAAUUGUUCAUCAAGGGAAAGAGUCUUCCCUGCCGGACAAUGGACAAUGUUGGCCUAGACACCGUCGCCUUCAUUGAGAGUCAUUAUGUGCAGGAACGUGGGCUCUCCCCCGAGAAGACGGUCGACUUUUUGAAGGCCAAUUACCUGGACCAGGGCAAACUGGGAACAAAGUGCUCGAAGGGUGGCCUCUAUCCUGCUAGCGAGUCGACUUCUACUCUAAAGACUCCCGACCUUUUAGUGUUGGACAUUGGACUGUCAGCCAUCAAACCCGGCGUGACAUCAGGAGAGAUCGUUCGCUUUGCCGCAGACGGCACGCUAAAGAACGUGGUUCUCAAGGACCAAUCCUUGCCUGAUGGGCUCAUCAUAGACCCGAUCUCUGGCCGCAUGUUCUGGACUUGCAUGGGCGCUCCAGGAAAGUUCGACGGAGGCGUUUACUCCGCAAACGUGGAUGGAACCGACAUCAAAACACUCAUUGCCCCAGGAACUAUCAAUACACCGAAACAAAUAGUUCUCCAUUCCGAGGCGAAAACUGUCUAUUUCUGUGACCGUGAAGGCUGCCGCGUCUACCGUUGUGCCUACGACGGCUCCAAUCUCGAGGUUUUGAUUGAUAACACCGGCGGUGAAGCGAACCCACAGCACCGCAUCUCCGACUGGUGCGUCGGAAUUGCUGUGGUGCCAAAUUAUGGUAAAUUCUAUUGGACCCAGAAAGGACCCUCGAAGGCUGGCAAAGGCCGGAUCUUCUGCGCCAAUAUCACAACCCCUGAGGGCGAGUCACCAGAUGCUCGAAGUGAUGUCCAGGUUGUUCUGGCUGAUCUCCCCGAGCCGAUUGAUCUCGAGGUGCACGAAGCCACUCACACACUUUACUGGACCGAUCGUGGUGAACUCCCGAUCGGCAACUCACUGAACAAAGCUCAGUUGAGUGAACAAGGUCUCCUUCUGCCAGCUAGCUCCGCUCUGGGAUAUGAUGUCAUCACCAGAAAUCUGAACGAGGCAAUCGGUUUGAUCUUGGAUCCCGCCAAUUCUCAGAUCUAUCUUACUGACCUGGGCGGAUCUAUCUACCGGACCGAUAUGGAUGGCAACAACAAGGAGAAGAUUUACUCCAAUGAUGACCGGGCCUUUACUGGAAUUGCUCUUGUGUAA